AUGGCGACCCACAUGGGGACGCCAUCCAUGUCACUUCGGCACGGCUUCAGGUGUGUUACUGAAGCUACUGUCACUGUGGAUGAGUUUCUGGUCACCGUAGGAGAGAAGCCUAGGAACAGUGGGUUCCUGAGCACAGUUAGCGGGCAACUUAAAAGCCACCCAGCACUGGUCCCCCUUUUCAUCUUCAUCGGUGGUGGGAUGGUUAUGUCUGGAGCGUAUCUCUUGCGCCUGGCAAUGGGACCCCAUGUCAGUUGGAAUCGCAAUGGCAACCCCGAGCCAUGUAACAAGACGGAACCCACACAGCAGCACAAGUUUUACUCAGUGAACAUGGACUACAGCAAGCUGAAGAACACAUUAAUUAAUUUUGAUUAA